UAUUUUCAUUUUUGGGCUUUCCAUUAAAAAAGUGUUUAAAAAUUCCUUCGAUCAUUUCAAUAAAAAAAACCUUUGUCAAUAUAGACAGAGGAACAAGAGAACCAAACAAAAAGCAAACUGAAUUUCCCAAAAGGAAGGAGCAUUAUAGAAGAAGAGAACUCUCCGCCUGAGAUAGUCGAUAGGCAGAGUGCAAGAAAUCCUCCGGCCACUGGGAAGAGAUUUCCACCACGCAAACCUCCUUCUUCACGUUUCCCGUACCCCUUACGUUUCAGAUCUCAAUAACAAGAAACCCUUCCACCAGACCGGUGUUGAUUGAUUCCAUUCUUUCAAAAAAUCCCCCAUAGCCGCCUGUUUUUUUCGUCUUUCGCGGAACCUAUUAGGCAAAAUCAAUCCUGACCCAUCGAUGUUCUGCCGGAGACUUAUGUAUUAGAGGCAGGAAGGACGGAGCUUUCUCGUUCAUCGGUUGGAUUUUAGUAUGCGGUGACAUGGGGUUUGGCAAAGGAUCCACCUCUUCUUCCGAAACUAUGGCUUCUCCAAUCGCAGAACUUCGCGAGAAGCAUCAGCAGGAGCUGGACAAUCUGACUUUAACAACACAACCAUUCAAAACAUUGAAGUUUUUCAUUUUGGCUGUAGUUCAGUAUUUUAAGAAUUGUGUAUUAUACCUCCUCGCAAAGGGUGGUUGGCUGUUACUUUUGAGUGCUGUGGUGGUGGCAUUUGUUUUUCUGGUGGCUACUGUCGAUGGUCCUCAUGAAAAGCACUUAGAAGAAAUCUCUCAUUAUUUUCAAUUUGGAUUGUGGUGGAUAGCUCUUGGUGUUGCAUCAUCAAUUGGUCUAGGAUCUGGUUUGCACACUUUUGUUCUUUAUCUGGGUCCGCAUAUUGCCCUGUUCACAAUUAAGGCAAUGCAAUGCGGCCGGGUCGAUUUAAAGAGCGCCAUAUAUGAUACCAUACAGCUAGAGAGAGGUCCUUCAUGGCUUGAUAAAGAUUGUGAUGAGUUUGGUGAACCAGUAUUUCAGUCAUCCAACUUGUUGCGGGUGCCACUGAGCAGCAUAUUGCCACAUGUCCAGAUAGAAGCUGUCUUGUGGGGUGUUGGGACUGCACUUGGAGAGCUACCUCCUUACUUCAUCUCAAGAGCUGCACGUUUAUCGGGCAGCAAAUUCGAUGCAAUGGAGGAAUUAGAAGCUACAUCCGCUGAAGAUGAUGGAGUCAUAGCAACACACCUGAAGACAAUCAAACGCUGGCUUAUGUCACAUGCACAACAUCUGAACUUCUUCACAAUUUUAGUGCUUGCUUCGGUGCCAAACCCCCUAUUUGACCUUGCCGGUAUCAUGUGUGGACAAUUUGGGAUCCCAUUCUGGAAGUUCUUCCUUUCAACAGUGAUUGGCAAGGCUAUCAUCAAGACACACAUACAGACGGUAUUCAUAAUCUGUGUCUGCAACAAUCAACUCCUUAACUGGAUUGAGAACGAGAUGAUUUGGAUGCUGAGUUUUGUACCUGGGUUGGCAUCCAUCCUUCCCAACGUGAUAACCAAACUCCAUGAGAUGAGAGAAAAGUUCCUCUCACCAACUCCCGCUCUCCCCAGUACCAAGCAGGGUAAAAAAUGGGAUCUCUCAUUCGCUGCAAUCUGGAACACCGUAGUAUGGCUCAUGCUCCUCAACUUCUUCUUCAAGAUCGUGAGCUCAACAGCACAGAGAUACCUGAAAAAGCAGCAGGAUAAGGAGGUGGCCGUCAUUUCAGCUUCCACACAUUCAGAUUAGGAAAGCAUCCGAUGAUCUCGAAAACAUAGAGAGACAAAACCGUUACGCAACUUUGCUUAUUCCCUUUCUUCCUUGUUUUAUUAGAAGGGAAAGAGCUCUAGAUGAUUGGACAGAUCUCAUUUCCUUCUACACCUAUAAUGACUGCUUGCUAUUGUUUAGCUCAGCCACCCCCGCGCAGGAAGAACCGCUUUUACAGUAAGAAAAGGACAUGUUUACUACUCACUAGAAGCCAGCCAUGUAUAGAGAAUCUUAGGGGAAGCAAGGAGGAUUCAGAAUGUCUGUGCUGUGAUGGGGGCUUAGCUUGUUUAUUUGGGUGGUCAUUUUGUCUUUCCCUCUGGUGGGAAAUGCAAAUGAAUGGAAUGCUGUUACUGUCUCUAUAUAUUCUUUGGCAAAAUGGAAGGCCAAGACAUAGAUUAUGUGGUUGAACAGAAGAGAAUGGUUCUUUCCUUGGCUCUCUUUCCCUUUGGGUUACAUUUCCUCCUUCAAUGAGGUUAUCUUCAUUUUCUAUAGACUUUGAUCAGUUUAAUGCUCUGUACAGGAAGACUGAUUGACAUAGUUACAGCAGUCAUCAUGUCUCCUUUGGCAGCUUCAAUA